AACCAAACCAAGAGAAAGGCCAAAAGCAUAUGUAGAGCAGGCUAAUGCUACUUGCCAACCAAAGUAGACCAAACCAAGAGGGCAUGGCAAUGGGGGACAUGUGUUUGCUAUGCUCCUUGCUAGCCGUCCUGAUGGUUGCCAUGGCAACCGCUAGCGACGAGGCCGCGCUGCUAGCUUUCAAAGCACAGAUCAACCAUGGUGGCUUGCUGGCCUCCUGGAAUAGGAGCGCCGGCUUCUGCAGCUGGGAAGGCGUGACGUGCAGCCGUCGGAGGCCGGCGCGGGUGGUGGCGUUGCUAUUGAACGGCACUGGGCUCGCCGGGGCACUCUCCCCGGCCAUCGGGAACCUCACGUUCCUGCGGACGCUCGACCUGAGCUUCAACUCGCUCCAUGGGGGCAUUCCGGCAAGCCUCGGCCGCCUCCGCCGCCUACAGGGGCUCUACUUGGACGACAAUGCAUUCUCCGGCACCUUCCCAGUGAACCUGAGCUCAUGCGUCAGCAUGAACGAAAUGGUACUGGACAACAACAAGAUUGGCGGGCGCAUCCCGGCUGAGCUCGGUGAGAAGCUGACAUCCUUGACAGAGUUCUCGCUGAGUAACAACAGCUUCACAGGGCACAUCCCGGCAUCACUGGCCAAUCUAUCCCAUCUACAAAUCCUCGAUCUCACCAGUAACCAGCUCGUGGGCUCGAUACCACCGGGCCUCGAAAGCAUCCAGAACAUGCAAUAUUUCAGUCUCUACGGCAACCUCCUCUCUGGUAUGCUCCCACUUUCUCUCUACAACUGGUCAUCAUUGGAAGUACUUGAUGUAGCUCUAAAUAUGUUAUAUGGAACCAUUCCGGAUGAUAUUGGAAGCAAGUUCCCCAAGAUGAAAGCUCUAAGCUUAUCUUCCAAUCACUUCAGUGGGCCCCUCCCCUCAUCAAGAUCCAAUAUGUCUGAUCUCACAAGAAUUUUUCUCUGGAAAAAUAGAUUUAGUGGGUAUGUGCCUCCCACAUUGGGGAGACUGGGAGUUCUCCAAUAUCUGAACUUGGCUGACAAUCGGCUCGAAGCAAAUGACAACAAGGGAUGGGAAUUCAUCACCUCUCUGGCAAACUGCAGCCGACUGCAGAUAUUAGAACUCAGCGUCAAUCCUUUAGGUGGACAACUACCAGGUUCAAUUGUCAACCUAUCAACGACUCUCCGGGACUUAAGUUUAACUGACAAUAUGAUCUCCGGGGUUAUUCCUGCGUACAUAGGCAAUCUGGUUGGUCUCACAAGACUUGUGUUAGCAAAUACUUCCAUAUCCGGAGUUAUUCCAGAGAGCAUUGGCAAGCUCAAGAGCUUGAUCCAGCUAGGCUUGUACAACAAUAGCUUGUCUGGCUUCAUACCGCCGUCGCUAGGAAACCUUUCACAGUUGAAUGGGCUUAUUGCAAACAAUGGCAACUUGGAGGGGCCAAUUCCAGCAAGCCUGGGGAAGUUGAAAAAUCUUUUUGAACUUGAUUUGUCAAUGAAUUACAGACUUAACGGUUCAAUACCCAGAGAGAUCUUCAAAUUACCCAGUCUCUCUUCGUUUUUGGACUUGUCAUACAAUUCCCUUUCUGGACCCCUUCCUAAUGAAGUUGGUAGUUUGGCAAACCUUAACCGACUGAUUCUAUCAGGAAACCAGCUGUUUGGCAAGAUACCUGACGGUAUUCAGAAUUGCGUAGUGUUGGAAUGUCUGUUAUUAGACAAUAAUUCCUUUGAAGGAAGCAUACCACAGUCACUGAAGAAUAUAAAGGGGCUCAGUAAACUGAACCUGACCAUGAAUAAGUUCUCUGGUAAUAUUCCUGAAGCCCUUGGUAGUAUUGGAAACCUGCAAGAGCUGUACCUAGCACACAACAACCUGUCAGGAUCAAUCCCAGUAGUUCUACAGAAUUUGACAUCAUUAUCCAAACUGGAUGUAUCCUUCAAUAAUUUGCAAGGCGAGGUGCCAGAUGAAGGUGUUUUCAGAAACAUCACUUACUUAGCGGUUGCUGGGAAUAUCAAUUUGUGUGGUGGUACACCUCAACUUCAUUUGGCCCCAUGCUCCAUAAGCAAGAACAAAAAAAACAUGCCAAAGUCUCUUGUAAUUUCUCUAGCGACAGCUGGAGCGUUUUUGUUCUCACUUUCAGCUAUUCUUAUUUGGAUACUUUGCAAGAAGCUCAAACCAAGCCAGAAGACACUAGCACAAAAUUCAAUUGCUGAUGACCAUUACAUGAGAAUUCCCUAUCAUGCAUUAUUGAGAGGAACUAACGGAUUUUCGGAAGUCAGCUUGCUUGGGAGAGGAAGUUAUGGUGCGGUUUAUAAGUGUGUUUUGGACACUGAAGAAAGAACAUUGGCUGUCAAGGUGUUUAAUAUUGGUCAUUCUAGAUAUUCCAAGAGUUUUGAGGCUGAAUGUGAGGCGAUGAGAAGGAUACGACACCGUUGUCUCAUUAAAAUCAUUACUUCUUGUUCGAGCGUCAACCACCAAGGUCAAGAGUUCAAGGCAUUGGUUUUUGAGUUCAUGCCCAAUGGUAACUUGGAUGGUUGGCUUCAUCCAAAAUCGCAAGAUCCCACUAUAAACAACACACUCAGCCUUGCCCAAAGGCUUGAUAUUGCUGUUGAUAUUGUGGAUGCAAUAGAAUAUCUGCACAACUACUGCCAACCAUUGGUAAUCCAUUGUGAUCUUAAGCCAAGCAACAUUCUUCUUGCCGAAGACAUGAGCGCCCGAGUUGGAGACUUUGGCAUAUCAAGGAUCCUUCAAGAAAAUACAAGCGAGGGGAUGCCAGCUUUAAAUAGCUCAACUGGAAUUAGAGGUUCCAUAGGCUAUGUUGCUCCAGAGUAUGGAGAAGGCUCUGCGGUCUCAGCAGCUGGUGAUAUUUAUAGUUUUGGCAUAUUACUGCUUGAGAUGUUUACCGGAAGGAGCCCGACAGAAGGCACGUUCAGAGAUUCGUUGGAUCUGCAUAAGUUUGCCAAUGAUGCUCUUCCAGGUAGAACCCUGGAGAUAGCUGACCCAAGCAUGUGGCUGCACGGCGGGCAACACGAUAACACUACAAAUGUUAGAAUCCAGGAGUGCUUGGUUUCAGUGUUGAGGCUUGGCAUAUCCUGCUCAAAGCAACAGCCUCGAGACCGAGCACUGACGAGGGAUGCAGCAGCAGAGAUGCAUGCAAUCAGAGAUGUGUACCUCAUGUUUAUAGGGGACCAUGGAGCAGAAAGAGAAGCUCCGACUCAAGAAAUUCAGAACAGCGUUGAAUAAACAAGCUAGUAUAAGACAUGAUCUUGCAUAAUAAUAAAAUUAUGUGUUGUUUCAGUUAGUAAUUGUUCUCAAAGCUAUGUAUGUUGCUUUACAAUUAUAUCAAAUAAAUGCAUAAGCAUGGUGUUCUGUAAUAA